AUGUACGUCUAUCCUAGUGGAAUGACGCCCCCUGCAGCCAAUCAGAGCCGCUGUCUCGCUGAUGUAGGACUGGGUGAAGGACACGCGGGAACUGUUGCAAAAGUCUCGAACCCCCCCUGGAAGAUCAAAGAGCGGGAGCGCCCCUGCACGUGCGCGCUGACGCUGCGCUCGUGCGUCGCUUUCAUUGAGAAGAAGACAAAGAUGGCGUCCGCGAACAACCCGCGCAAAUUCAGCGAGAAGAUCGCGCUGCACACGGCCAAGCAGGCGGAGGAGACGGCCGCCUUCGAGGAGGUCAUGAAGGAGCUCCAUGUCAGCAGAGCGGCACGGUUGCAGCCGCAGAAGCCGCAGUUUUUGCAGCUAGGGCAGAGCGAUGGCCAGUUCUAUGGAGGCUCACUGCCCAAUGUCACUCAGAUUGGGACUGGCACCCAUGACCUGCCCUUUCAGCAGAACUCGGUGCUGGACACCAGUCGCACCACGAGGCACCAUGGUCUGGUGGACCGUGUUUACCGCGAGAGGAACCGCGUCACGUCCCCACAUCGUCGUCCUCUGACGAACUCGGACUCAGCUCUGCACCAGAGCACCAUGAACCCCAAACCCCAGGACCUGUUCACCGGAGGCUCCCAGGAACUGCAGCCCAAACGAGUGCUGCUGCUGUCUGUUCCUGGGGCAGAAGAUUCCAGCGGCGACAAAGACCAGAAACAGAUCUGGGACCAGGAGAAGGAAGAUUCACAAAACCCGAACACGUGUGACGUCCCCGGAAUCAGCAUCUUCCCGUCUCCGGACCAGGAGCUGAGUCCGGUUCUGCCCGCGGCCCACAGCACCGGGGGGUCUCUCCCGGACCUCACCAACAUCCAGUUCCCCCCUCCCCUCUCCACCCCCCUGGACCCCGACGACUCCAUGGGCUUCCCCCCCCUCAGCUCCAGCACGGGCAGUCUGACCGGCAGCCUGACCACCAACCUGACCCACCUGGGCAUCAGCGCCGCCAGCCACGGUCUCCCAUCCUCUCCCUCUGACAUGGACGUCCCUGCUGGUCGUCGGCAGCUUCCUGUGGUUCCCCUGACCCUGACCUCCGACCUCCAGCUUCAGGUCUCCCCUGAGCCCCUGACCCUAGAGCAGCAGUUGGCUCAGUUCCCGGUCUUCACGCAGCUCUCGCCUCAUGCUCAGACCCAGCUCCUCAUCGACCUCCAGAAGCACCAGGGCAUCCAGCUCAUCACUCUGCCCACACCGCCCUCUACUGGCAGCUCCCCGGAGGCCCAGACCCCGGGCUCGUACCGCAACCAGACCGGAUCCCCCGCCACGCAGUCCCCCACCUCCCCCGUGUCCAACCAGGGCUUCUCCCCCAGCAGCUCCCCUCAGCACAUCCCGGUGGUCGGCAGUAUUUUUGGAGACUCUUUUUACGAUCAGCAGCUUUCCUCGAGGCAGACGGCCGCUCUCUCCAACCAGCUGGAGCAGUUCAACAUGAUGGAGAACAACAUCAGCUCCAACAGUCUGUUCAGUCAGUGCUCCACGCUGAACUUCAGCCAGGCGGCCAUGAUGGGCCUGAGCCUGCCGGAGGCCCAGCUCGCCUACAGUAACCACGGCAACAUCCCCAAUAUCAUCCUCACAGGUAACCACGGCAACGCCCACAACACUGUCCUCACAGGUAACCACGGCAACGACUACAACACCGUCCUCACAGGUAACCAUGGCAACACCCACAACACUGUCCUCACAGUGACCGGUGAGUCUCCUCCUAGUCUCUCUAAGGAGCUGAGUAACUCUCUCGCCGGAGUCACGGACGAAAGCUUCGACGCAGACUCUCAGUUUCCUCUGGACGAGCUGAAGAUCGACCCCCUGACGCUGGACGGUCUGCACAUGCUCAACGACCCCGACAUGGUCCUCGCCGACGCCGCCACGGAGGACACGUUCAGGAUGGACCGCCUGUGA